AUGACUUUUUUACAAGCUACUACGGACCUUCGUGGGGCCGCCGCCUCUAUCCUCUAUAACCCAGAAUCAGAUGUUUUUUCUCAGUCUUCUUCAAACAAGCCUUGUAAUGGACAAGAUGAUUCCUCUAAGAAUGAAUCAAUCUCAGAUGACUCCUCUGAGCAGCCGAGUCAGCCGAGAUUUUCCUCUACUCCAGGCUCUUUAAUGGACCCAGUGCUCUCGAUCGACCGACCUAUGUUCCUGCCCACCCAGCCUGCUUUGCUCCGAAAUUUCGUUCACGGAAAGAUGCCCAAAACAUCAAUUGAUUCUAGUGUUGUAACUUUACGUCUUCAGGACGAUGCUGUCCAGCAAAUGGAGGACAAGGCUGUUUGUCUCAGCAUGCAUCAACCAUGGGCCUCGCUUUUGGUUCGUGGUAUUAAGACGUAA